AUGAAUAAUGACUUAGAAAAAUUCAUUUCAUUCACGGAAAGAGAUGGAUUUGAUAUAGAUCAAAAACUUAAAAGCAAAUUAUAUCCAUAUUCUUUCGCUCAAUACUCAUUACUUGAAUUAUGUUGUUACCAUGGGUCAGUUGAUUGUUUCAAGUUUUUAAGAACGAAAUUUAACUCAAAAAUAACUCUAGAGUGUUUAGAAUUAUCAUUUUUAAGCGGAAACAAAGAGAUUAUGAGUGAAUGCUUAAAAUCUCAAAAACCAAAUAAUCAAUGCAUGAGAAAUGCAAUUAUUUCACACAACAUUGAUUUUGUUACAUUUUUGAUGAAUGAGUUCAAUAUCGAGAUCAAUUUAGAUAUUUGUUUAGAUCACAAAAAUCUUGAAUCCUUUUUGGUUUAUUUCGAUCAAACUAAUGAUAUAAACAAAUGUUUUGUUUAUUUACCUAUAUUUGGUAUUCGAUCCCUUAUCGAAUACUUCCUUUCACUUGGUGCGAAUAUCAAUGAAAAAGAUAAAUAUGGAAACACCGCACUUCAUAUUGCAGCAUGGAAUAAUAGUAAAGAAACUACAGAAGUUCUGAUUUCACAUGGUGCAAAUGUCAAUGAAAAGGGUCAAAAUGGAAAAACACCACUUCAUAACGCAUCAUAUAAAAAUAGUAAAGAAAUAGCCGAACUUCUCAUUUCAUUUGGUGCAAAUGUCAAUGAAAAGGAUGAAUAUGGAAACACCGCACUUCAUAUUGCAGCAGAUUGUAGUAGUAAAGAAACUGCAGAAGUUCUCAUUUCACAUGGUGCAAAUGUCGAUGAAAAUGAUAACACUGGAAAAACCGCACUUCAUAAAGCAGCAUUUGAAAAUAAUAAAGAAAUAGUCGAACUUCUCAUUUCACAUGGUGCGAAUGUCAAUGAAAAGGAUAAAAAUGGAGAAACAGCACUUCACAUUGCAGUACAUAAAAAUAAUAAAGAAACAGUCGAACUUCUUAUUUCACAUGAUGCAAAUAUCAAUGAAAAGGAUAAAAAUGGAGACACCGCACUUAAUAUUGCAACAUUUGAAAAUCGGAAAGAAAUAGCUGAACUUCUCAUUUCGCAUGGUGCCAAAGAAUAG